UUCGCGCCCCGCCCGAGUGGUCCAGCAGUUGGGAGCCGUCGGCGGAGCGUGGGUGAGCGCCCACUGGAGCGGAUCUCGCGCGGAGGUGCGGGAGUCUCGGCGAGGGAACAUGGCGGCCCUGACGACCGUGGUGGUGGCGGCGGCGGCCACGGCAGUUGCCGGGGCGGUGGCGGGGGCAGGCACGGCUGCGGGGACCGGCGUGGGAGCGGCGCCGACGCCGCAACAGAAUGAUGGCGGCUUUAGUACUUCAGGCGGAAGUCGUCAAAACUGGAAGCAGAAAGUUAGUCGGAUGAAGAAAGCAGAAUUCAUACGCACAGCAGAAAAAUUAAAGAAUCAAGUUAUUGUCAUUGAAAAAGAUAAACACAACCAUUUCUACAACCAAAGAGGCGACUUCAGAACUGAGCAUAGCAUGCUGGAAGAAUUGGAAAAUAAACUGAUAAACAGCAGGAAGACGGAAAGAGCAAAAAUCCAGCAACAGUUGGCCAAAAUACAUAACAAUGUGAAGAAACUUCAGCACCAGCUGAAAGAUGUGAAGCCUACACCUGAUUUUGUUGAAAAGCUCAGAGAAAUGAUGGAAGAAAUUGAAAAUGCAAUCAAUACUUUUAAAGAAGAACAGAGACUGAUAUACGAAGAGCUAAUUCAAGAAGAGAAAACGACUAAUAAUGAGUUGAGUGCCGUCUCUAGGAAAAUUGACUCUUGGGCUUUGGGUAACUCAGAAACAGAGAAAGCUUUCCGAGCGAUCUCAAGCAAAGUUCCUGUAGACAAAGUGACACCCAGUACUCUUCCAGAAGAAGUGGUCGAAUUUGAAAAAUUCCUUCAGCAAACAGGAGGGCGCCAGGGGGGCUGGGAUGACUUUGACCACCAGAACUUCGUGAGAGUGAGAAGCAAACAUAAGGGGAAGCCAGCAUUCAUGAAGGAGGUUGUAGAACACCUUCCGGGAAGAACACUGGAUGAAGUUCAGCAACAUGAGAAGUGGUAUCAGAAGUUCCUGGCCCUAGAAGAAAGGAAGAAAGAGUCUAUUCAAAAUUGGAAAACCAAAAAGCAGCAAAAGAAAGAGGAAAUGCUCAAGUUAAAAGAGAAGGCAGACACCACAGCUGUGCCUUCUCAUAGCAAACCAGAAGAUAAUCAAAAGCAGAAAGAGGAACAGAGAAAGAAGCAGAAAUUGGCGGUGGAAGCUUGGAAGAAGCAGAAAAGUAUAGAGAUGUCAAUGAAGCAUGCCUCCCAGCUCAAGGAAGAAGAGGAGAGAGAGAGGAAGCAGCAGAAAGAGCGGCAGCGGCAGUUCAAGUUGAAACUACUCCUGGAAAGUUACACCCAGCAGAAGAAAGAGCAGGAGGAGUUCCUGAGGCUCGAGAGGGAGAUAAAGGAAAAGACAGAAAAGGCGGAAAAAAGGAAGACUGCUGCUGAUGAGAUUUCCCGGUUUCAAGAAAGAGAUUUACAGAAGCUUGAACUGAAAAUUCUAGAUAGACAGUCAAAGGAAGAGGAGAAGGCAGAAAAACACAGGCGACUGGCAAAAUUGAAAGAAAAGGUUGAAAAUAAUGUCAGUAGAGAUCCCUCUAGGCUUUAUAAACCUACGAAAGGCUGGGAAGAACGAACCAAAAAGAUAGGCCCAUCAGGCUCUGGGCCACUUCUACAUAUCCCGCACAGGGCCAUUCCAAGUUGGCGACAAGGAAUCUAGAGGGACUAUGAGAUAAUGCAAUUGCUAGUCACUUGAUGAAUGUCAGGAGAAGAUGGUUAACUUUGCUAUUUAAAUGUUACUAACUUAGUCAGGUUGGUUAUUGUGCUGUGUAUGAAUUGAGAAGUUUUAAGUGUCAUGUAGCAUUGUCAAUAUUUUCAUUCUACAAAGAUGGCGUAUGUUGGCCUAGUGUUGAUAUGAAUGUUAUUUAAAUAGGUUUGUGUUACGAACAUUAUUCCAUUUUAAUACUCAAAAUAUUUCAAAAAUAGUUUGUUUUUAUCAUGGCUUAGUAAAAUAAUUUGGGAGAAUCAGUCUUUUUUAAGCCAAAAUUUUGUAACUUUUAUAACUUGGAAGUAACUAAGCUUGAGUAACAAAGACAUAAGUGUCUUUUUAAAAGAGUUGUUCAAUAACAGUACAUUUUCUAGUUUAACAAAAUGGUAAUUUGUCAGUUGUUUCAUUUUUGUGUAAUGAAUAUUUUGUAUUUGAUUAAAGCAUGCUUUAUUUUAUAUGGAGACUAUUUUAAAUAACCUCCCUUGCUACAUGUACCUUCUUCAUAUAUUAUGAUGUCAUCCUCCAGGUUUCCUGCAACUAUGUCAAAUUUCCUUUCAGGCUUUCUGGAGCCACAGAUUUAUAAAAUCUUUGUAUCUUACUGGGUCGUACAGUUUUCUUCUGCUUGCCCCAAAUUAGGAACAGUCUUUCUUCUGAAAUAAGCUGGUUUUAAACAGUACACUGACAGUUUUGGAUUGAAAAGUAGAAAAUUUUUUUAACACAACUCAAUUCAGUUUUUUUGUAUUAAAACAUUUUAUGUCAUUCUAACUUUGGUUAGGUUUCAACUUAUAAAGAAAGUACUAUAUACAUAAAAUAUAAGAAAUUUUACUUCUUACAAUUUUAUCUUCAAAUGCCUUUAAUUUUAUAUAUAUAUGUGUGUAUACACACACACACACACACACACACACACACACACACAUACAAUUAGAAACAUACAGACUGAAUAUCCCAGAAAUUAGUAGGAUUAGUGAUCUAAAUCUUUCCUUACAUAACAGUUAAUAGUUACAUAAGUAUAUAGAUUCAAAGUAUAUAGAUUUCAAAUUUUAGAAAGUAAAUUCUGAUUGUAUAGUUAAUGGUGCACAAUGAGAAAGUAUCCUUAACUGGAAAUGCCCAUUUUAUUUGCUUGUUUUCCAUGACUCUUUUAAAUAAUCUGGAACUAUUGAGGAAUAUACAAGAUGAAGGAAUUCAACAAAACUGAACUGUUACCUAAGAUACAGGAAAGUAAAGCUAGUAUUGCACAAAAAUGCACCUUUCAACUGCCUGCAUCAAAGCUUAGCACGCUGGUUGAUGGAUUCUUACUGUUUUAGUCUUCAUUAUCUUUGGUACCAGUGUUGGGAUUGAACCUAGAGUGAACCUAGAGCCCUAAGCAUGCCAACUACAUGCUCCACAUGCUUUACUUCCAGCCUUGUUUGUAGUGUGUGUGUGUGUGUGUGUGUGUGUGUGUGUGUGUGUGUGUGUGUGUAAGCAUGAUGUGUUGGGGGCAGACGUACAUGUGCCACAAUAUGCUGGGGUAUAUCAAAGGACACCUUGGUGGAGUUGGUUUUCUCCUCCCACCUUUAUGUUGAUCCCUAGGAUUGAAUUCAGGUUUCCAAGCUUGUGCAACUGCUGAGUACCAAAAAUUACCCAGGGUGCUUUGGAGUUGAGUGUUAAAUAUAUAUAGUGAUAUAUAUAUAUAAAACACUAACCCACAGGGCACAUUUUGUAAGAAACUCAUUUUCUACAGUUAUAAGUACAUCCAAAUUUCUACUUACUUCGUUUUUGAAGAAUCUUGUUAGGCUUAAUCUUUCAUGGACUCCUUCCUCAUGAGUGCUUUGUAAACUUAAAGGAAAUAGUACAUGGCCAAGGCAACUUAAAUUCUAUUUUUGCAUGAAUAAGGUUUUAUUGAAAUAGUUUUGCCCAUUGGUUAUACAUUGUCUGUGGCUAAUUAUAAGUUACAGUGAAAUUGCAACUGAAGGCGUGAAUAGUUGUGACAGACUAUCUUAUCCAUAAAGCCUGACAUUUUUAUGGUCUGGUGUGGGAGCUCCAGGCUCAGGACUUCUGGAAUCUUCUGCUUCCACUUCUGGGAAAAAAGUCAACCCAUGAAUGAAUAUGUAUUAUCUGUAAGCAUAAACCAACUUCACUACUUUGUUAUACUUAAUUUUUAAGAGGAAACCUGUAUCAGUAUUUCUAAACUAUCAACAAUGAGGAAAUGAAGUAUAAGCAGAAAUAAUUUGUACGUUGUUGAGCUCCCUUUAUAUAAUCAAUGUUUAAUAUUUAAACAAAGUUCAAACCUUAUUAAGCAAACACUUUUAUAUAUACCGCCUCCUUAUCUUUGUAUCUUUUGUUGUUUUUGUUUGAUUUUCAUAAAUUCUGCUUGGAUAACUUUAU